UCCGGUGUAAACAAUAAACUAAAUUUAUGAGGAAGAUUAAUGCUAUAUUGGUUCGUUUGGUUGUAUUUCAAUAACUCUUGUUCAGAUGAAUACUGAAUUAUUGCUAGAGACUACCAAUGGAGGCCAAAUAAGCAGCAAUGCGAAAAAGACAUUGAAAGGAGGGAAAACUAAAAGUAGACCAGUAACUGAAAGUGAAAGUAGCACUGCCACUACUAACCAUACUUUAGAAUCAGUGCCAGCAGCUCCAAAGAAUGUUUCUAAAAGAUUAUGGGAGAAAUUUAAAUUGCUUGAGAAAAGAACCGAUGAAGCCACCAAACAUUCUACAGAGAAGAGAAUUAAAGAUUUACAGAAGAAGGUCCUAACAAAAGUUACGGAAGAAAUUCAGGAUGAUGCUGGUAAAGUUAUUCUACAGAAAUAUGACGUUAAAUUUGGCCCAAGUAUAAAAGAUUCACCGAUAAAACAACAAGUAGAUAAGACGGGGAGUUGUACGUCAGGUGAUAAUGAGGACCAAUGGAACGAGGUAAAACAAUUACUGGACGUCAAUAAACAUUUAGAAGUUGGAACAGGAUUACAUCGUGAUAAGACCGAGUUUGAGAAGAAAAUUGAUGAAGCUGUAAAUCGUGGUGAUAUUCAAACAGCGGAGGAAUUGAGUGACAGAUUAGCUAAUAGACAGUUUGGUAAGAAAAUAUCAGAUGCCGUUGAAGCAAGAGACUAUUUAAAACGAAAGAAGAUAGAAGACGAAUCCAUUAAACAAAAGAAAAAGAAAAAACUACAUUGGGGAUUUCAAGAGAAAGAAAGAUGGGAAACCAAGGGUAACAUGUAGAUAGGAACAUCAAGUCGUAUUGUUACACUCAGGGUUCAGUGGUGGAAACCAAGGGUUAGCGUAAAGAGAAAGACGAGAACAUCCAGUUAUAAUAUUGUUACACAUGGUGGAAAAAAACACAGACGUCGCAUGAUAAAGUAAUACAACUUGAAGAAACGCGUGCCGAAUGGAAUGAAUAGCUGACGAUUGACGACAAGACAGAAUGGCGGAACACAAAUGACUUGUUGCUAUUAUCUAGAACAUUAUUCCUGUCACGUCGACUAUGAUUAAUUCUUAUUCCGUGCAUGAUCCAAUGAAAUGAUUUUUGUUAUGGGACUAAUUUACGGCCUGACGUAUUACGUGAUAAAAGCACCAAUUCAUGUACAGCUGAACAUUAAUUUCAAUAAUUCAAUAUAUUGAUCGCUAUAUGUAAAUUUUAAUGACGAUAUUUAUAAAUUAUCACCCAAUAAUACAUUCUACAGUAGAUAUCGCUUGUGUGAUAAAUUCCAUAAUAUACUGUGAUAUCUCCCCGAGGAGAUAUCGCUUUACAUGAAUUUGACUGGUCAGUUAAAACGGAACUACUUUUUUGUAUUUUGUAUUUUAUUAAAAGUCACCGCUAUGUUAUCAAAAAUAAACUAUUUUUAUUUAAUUUACCUUGAUGGAAACACUGGGUCAAUAUAAAGUACUUUGCAAUGGUUGAAUUGCUGCCAAAAAAUGAUUUAUUACUACGCCGUAAUGUAAUCAGGUUCAGUAAAAGUGAAAUUUAUAGCAAAGAAUUAUAUUUAUUUAUUUGUGCAUAUAUAUAGCAAAGAAUUAUAUUUAUUCAUUUGUGCAUGUAAGAAAGGAUUGGGUGAUAAAUAAAAUCUCCUACACGUCUUUUUUGAUAUCAAAAUAUCAACACUCGUUGAUAAAGUAAAAGAAAAACUCGACAGAGCCUCAUUUUUUUUUUACUUUAUCGACUUGUGUUGACAUGUUUUGUUAUCAAAAAAGACGAGUAGGAGAUUCCCUAUUCGUCAGAUAUCCUCUCACAGUCUCAUAACAACUUGGAAGGAAUUAUCAGUGAGCAAAAAUUCGCCCGUGUAUCUGUUAUCACUCUUCACUUCAGUCAGUUAUAUAGAAGGAUAACUCAUGUUUUCCGUUUGCUUUCGUCACUUUCGUUUGUUUGGAAUGUGUUUAACGAGAUCUAUUAUGUGAUACUGGCUGACACCAAUAUUGUCCUUAAACCUUAGGUAUUGCCAUUUCUUCAAUAAUAUUCUAAUUGAAGCGUGACCUUACAAUGAUUCAAUUACUUGCAUCUCAGAUAAAUCCACCUGCGCGCUGUAUCAUACGGUCUGUCAUUGAGUCAACCGGCGGUGUUUCGAUUCCCCGGUUGUACGUGACAAGGAGUAGGGUCGCCUGUCCAACCUCGUGGUUUUUCCUCCCACUGCUAAAGACCCCUACGCGCAAGCGAAGUAUUGAAAAAAAAUUGAACCGUGUGUUAGUCCCGAAAUGACCUAGUUUGUGUAGUGUGGACGUUAAACUCCAUUUUUCUCAGGGACCUCGGGUUUCCUCCCACUGCUAAAGGCCGCUACUUGCAAGCGAAAUAUUGAUAUAAAAUUGAGCCAUGUGUUAUCUCUCUCUCUCUCUUAAAAGUACCAUUUAUAAUUUAAUAUCAAUCAAUAUAUCUGGUUUUUAUCUUACCUUGAAAAUAUGGGAACCUAAUAUUGAGUAAUUCAUACAAAUGGAUAUUUUAAAAUCAAUACACGGUGUUGUGUAUUCUAUGUUUUCGAGCGCCAUUUGUAAUGAACAAAGAAAAUACAUAUCCUACAAGACAAUGUGGAAGUAAUGACCGUUUCACAAACGACAACACGAUAAUAAACAAGCGUAUAGAAUGGACUAAUCAGAGGUAAACGACUGUCGAUCAAUUGAGAAUGUUCCCGUAUUUCACCGACCGUCUUCAUUAGCCCAGUUCGGAGCAGAACAGUAGGACGUUAAACCCCAUUUCAUUUCAUGUAUUUCACCGAACAUAAUUGAUUAGAAACCACAAUAAUUUGUGUUAAAAAAUUGAAUAUAAAUCAUUUUAUAUGCAUCCAUAUUACAUUUAUAUGUGCUUUUAGACUCAUUUUAGUCUAUAUUGGGGUUCCAAAGAAUAUAGAGCGAUGACCAUUGAAUCUUGUCAAAUGUAUAAAGACCUUAGAUCACAACUUAUACAAUGGAUCGACCCAUCCAAUCUGAUUAAAAUACAGAUCUAUAUUUCGUUUCGGUUUUUUAUACUUUCGAUGGCCUACACUACAUGUAGGUCUGACCGGUUGUAGCGAUGGGUCACGUCAGGGGUCAUACGAGCGACCUUUAACCCUAUGACGUUAGACAUUUGAUUAACCAAUCGACAUUGAUGUUACUAGUGGAUUACCCACAGUUCCAUGCAAAACACGCCUAAAGCUCGCCGUAACAGACCGUUUCAUUGGCUAAUACCUCACACCACUUAGAACACGUCAAUGAUAACAACUCUUCCAGAUCCUAGUGUAGUAAAGACCAUAGAUAUCCUAUGGUAAAGCCAAGUAAAAAGAAAAUUUUGAACAAUAAAAACGAAACGAAAUAGGAAUGUGUUUUAAUCAGAAUGCGACCCUUCCUAUUGUAAUAACAUUUUCUUGUAUAUAAAAGCUAUGUCGGAUAUAAACAUUGUAAAUAAUGUAGCAGAAUAUAUAUUUAAGGCUAACAGCAUAAGAUCUAGUUAUCUGUUGUAUUAUCAUUAUGUUUUAUAUAGUUGAUAUAUUAUACUGCACUACUGUUGACCAGACCCCAAAUUCACAAAACAUUCUGAUACCUAAGUUAAGAAUUUACUCAAAAUUAUUCGCCUUAUUUUAACUAAACUAUAGGCCUUUAUAACACUUUUUUUGUUUUAAUAUAUCAAAUACAUCAAUGAGAAACUAUGUGCACAUUUUCUGUGUUUCUGAAUUAAAAAUAUUUCUCAUAAACCGUGAUUGAAAGUUAAGUGAAUUCUUACCUUAAGUCUUGGAAUGCUUUGAGAACUCGGGGCCAGAUUUCUUAAAUACUAAAUCAAGAUUUGAUUUGAUUGGAAUAUUGCAAUUCUGGCCAUA